CUCACUUGUCAACCCUGAUAAAGCUUAAUCACCAAAAAAAAAAAAAUGAAAACCCUAAUCUUGGCCAUGGCCUUGGUCUUAGCCCUAGUGGCUCACACGAGGGCCCAGGACAGACCACAAGACUUCGUGGACGCUCACAACCGGGCCCGAGCUGCGGUCGGGGUGGGCCCCAUACGGUGGGACGAGACAGUGGCCGCAUACGCGCGGGACUAUGCGAACAGACGUAGAGGCGACUGCCGUCUCGUCCACUCGAGCGGACCGUACGGCGAGAACAUAGCGUGGAGCAGCGGCGACAUGUCGGGAGUCAGCGCCGUACAAAUGUGGGUCAACGAGAAGGCCGACUACAACUACAACACGAACACGUGCCGUGCCGGGAAGGUAUGCGGACACUAUACUCAGGUUGUCUGGAGAAAGUCGGUGAGGUUGGGAUGUGCAAAAGUGAGGUGUAACAAUGGCGGAACAUUCAUCACCUGCAACUACGAUCCUCCCGGCAACUUCAAUGGCGAGCGCCCUUACUAAACAAAAGACGUAUAUAUAUAUAUAUAUAUAUAUACACACACACCUGCAAAUAUACACGCACAUAUACGAUAUGUGUAAUGUAAUAUGAAUAAAAAUCAUCAAUCUGUCAGCCUAUGAUGAUUACGUUGUGUGUUUGACUGUGUUCAAUGGUACGUAUACUUGUGAUUGAAUCAUAAGCUUUGUUCCUAGUGAUGAUCAUAUAUGUUUGUGUCUAUCUCUGCUUAGUGAAAGUCAA